AUGAGCGAGCACAACUCACACGCUUCUUACCAGGGCCAAUCGUCGCUGCAAAGUCAUCCACACAUGGUCCAGCAACAUUCGCCUCACCAGACGGGCGGAGGAACGCCCGGAACGUCGCAGUCCGUGUCCGGCGCCGGCGUGCAGGGUAACCCCGUCUCGGGCGGCGGGGGACACAUCACCAGCGACGGCGGAGACCACGGUCACGCCACCCCGCGGAGCGCCGGUCCCGGCGACAUUCCCGGCGCCGGCGCCGGCCCCGGCCCCGGCAGCGAUGGCAGCAGCGGCAGCGUUGGCAGCAACCACAACGGCGGCAGCAACGCCGGUAACGGUGGCGGCAGUGGCAGCGGCACCGGUAACGGCAAUGGCAACGGCAACGCGUCCAACGGCGGCGGCGCGCUUACGGCCGCGUCCGCGCAACCGGGUCCGUCUUCGGGACGCGCCGGAGCCAACGCCGGCGGCGGCCACAACAACAACUACCCGUACAUGGCGAGCCAGCAGCUGCAGGACCACUGGCAUUUCCAGUAUAACCCACAGAUGCAUGGCGGCUACUAUACGGCGCCUGGCGGGCCGGGCUCCGGCAACGGAACGGGGCCGGCCUCGGGCCUGGGCUCCGCGGGAUCCAUCUCCGACGUGCCUAGUGCUCCACCCACCGCGGGCGCCGCUCACGUGCCCCAGUACGCGUAUUCGUAUUACCCUACCGCUGCGGCCGCGGCUGCGGCUGCUGCACAGCCGCAGCAGCAUGCAGAUGGUUCCCAGGGAUACGCAUCGUACGGGUCUACAGCCGCCUAUGGAUAUUAUCCAUACGGCAACGUAACCACCGAAGACCAACUACAGCAGCAGCAGCAGCAGCAGCAACAGCAACAGCAACAACAGCAACAGCAGCAACAACAACAGCAGCAUCAGCAACAACAGCAACAACAACAGCAGCAGCAACAACAACAGCAACAACAGCAGCAACAACAACAACAACAACAACAACAACAACAACAACAACAACAACAACAACAACAGGCAUAUGCUUCGUAUUACCGUCACUACAAUCAGGCCCAGCUGGCGCAGGCGCAAGCACAGGCUCAAGCACAGGCUCAAGCUCAAGCACAAGCCCAAGCUCAAGCACAGGCCCAAGCACAGUCGUACCAAUACCCAGGAUUCCGUUCGUCUGCAGCUCACGAGGGGGAUCUAGGCAACUCGCCGGUAGGCGUGUACUACAAUCCAGCAGCUCCAGAAGAGCUCAUCCCGGGAAAACGUCGCCGUAUGGACUCCAUCAUGGGCUCUUCCACCAAACCUCCCAGCGGAUCUUCUCUAGAUGGCACCGCACUGCUUGGCUUGGCCGCGGCUGGCGCCAUGGACCCAGCAUCUUCGGGAAUGCACGUUCAUUCUCAACACCCGGCACACCAUCUUCAACCAGCAAUGCCGGGUCCUGGGCCUACUGCCGCAUCAAAUUCUGGUUCGGUCGUGAGUUCCAGACCCCGUGUCACAACAACUAUGUGGGAGGACGAGAACACGCUAUGCUACCAAGUCGAAGCCAAUGGCGUCUCUGUAGUACGUCGUGCGGAUAACGAUAUGAUCAACGGUACCAAGCUUUUGAAUGUGGCCAAAAUGACCCGUGGACGUCGUGAUGGUAUUCUGAAAGCCGAGAAAAUUCGACACGUUGUGAAAAUAGGAUCCAUGCACUUGAAAGGUGUAUGGAUUCCAUUUGAUCGCGCAUUGGCCAUGGCUCAACGAGAAAAAAUUGUGGAUCUUUUAUUUCCAUUAUUUGUACGAGACAUACAAAGUGUGAUUCAGCAAGGUGCUUCCUCUAUACUCAGCGGGAACCCAGCAUCAGUCGCACCAUCCAGAAACGCUUACUAUCCGGAACCUCACAACCCAGCGAUGGCGGCCGCAGCUGCAGCUGCAACUGCACCAACCUCGUAUCAUCAGCCGCUUGCGGGCUAUGCACACUAUCAACCUUUAGAGUAUGGAUACAACAACAGAGCCGUGAUGCAUUCAGGAAUGCCGGGAUUAAACGCCGAUCCUUCAUCGCGGGCAGCUCCAAUGCCCACACUUAUGGGUCCUGGUCCAAGUCACGGCUCAAUUCAGGGGCAAAUUCAUAGCCAGAGCCAAGGUCAAACACCUGCAUCUAGUCAUGGACCGGGUCCUGAACUCGCUGCCCAAAACUCCAAUGGCAUCACCAAUUCUUUGGCUGUCCCUGGCUCAGGACCAGGAACGUCAUCUGGAUCGACUCAAGUGCCAGGUCAGACUUCCGCAAUGUCCACCUCCGGGUCUGUCAAUGAACAAACGGUAAGCGGUUCAUUGGAUCAACUGUCGAAGCCAAUGGAUUCUCAUGGUGCUGAUACGACUGAUGGGGUACAAUCCGGUAGACACGAGCAAGUGAAGGAUGAAGAUGAGAAUGGAUCCACUGAUUGA